AUGUCUUUUUUCAGUUGGUACAAAAAUCAUUUAUUCCGAAGACCAAUUCUAAUACAAACCAUUACUACUGGAACAUUAUUUGCUGCAGGAGAUAUUAUAGCACAACAAAUUGUUGAACAAAGAGGGUUAAAAUCUCAUAAUUUUUAUAGAACUUUAAGACUUGGAGGAUUUGGUUUAUGUAUAGCUGGUCCAUCCACGGCUAUCUGGUAUCGUACUUUAGACCGGGUUAUUACAAUUAAAAAUCCCAUGUUAGGACUAUUAACGCGUGUCACUUUAGAUCAAGCUAUAUUCGCACCAUGUUUUAUUACAACAUUUUUCGUGGGUCAGGCAUUAUUAGAAGGUCAAGAAAACUCUCAAAUUUUAGAAAAGCUUGGAGAUACUUUAGUACCUACUUUAAUUAAUAAUUAUAAAUUGUGGCCGGCUGUACAAUUGCUCAAUUUUCAUUUUAUUCCAUUGAAUUAUAGGACUUUAGUUGUUAAUUGUGUUGCACUUGGCUGGAAUACUUAUUUAUCUGUUAUCAAUAAGAAAAGUUCCGACAAAGUGAGUGUUAAAUAG